CUGGUGGUAGAAGUGGGGACCAUCCCCAGAUCUCUCCCUUCCCGAGGGGUGGGCACUGUUUGUCCGAGUGGCUCUUGGACAUCACACCUGUGCUGCUUCCUGAUUAGGGUGACCCGACAGCAAAUGUGAAAAAUCUGGACGGGGUGGGAGGUAAUAGGUGCCUAUAUAAGAAAAAGUCCCAAAUAUCGGGACUGCCCCUACAAAAUCAGGACAUCUGGUCACCUAUUCCUGAUGCUCUUUGGGGCUCUCCCCUGGGCUCCCUGUUAUUGGGGUGUUGUCAGGAGAGAGUGGCUCUGUCCCAGUCUCUCCUCUGUGCCGCAGGCAGUGCAGUCACUCCUCUGGCUUCAGAUGGGGCUUCGUGCCCCUCUUCAGGUUUGUGGUCACUAACUGAGCUUGGUCAGGGUCUGCCUUAGUAUUGAGGUGAGGUAUCUCCUUGGCCUCACGUAGUAGGUCUCUGCAGAGAUCUGGAGCCGGCCAGCUUGUCAGCUUGGAUUGUUUCAUCCCUUCCCAUCCAUGCAAUGAAAAGCCCCUGUUCUGGCUCAGGAUCUCAAAUGCUUUGCAGUCAGCCCUCGUGAACCCUGCUGUGAAACACGGGAUUUUUAGCAUCUCCAUUUUCCAAUUGCAGAAAUGGAAGCACACAAGUUUGCCAAGGUCACUCAGAAGCACUGACAGUUCUGAGACUAGAACCUCGGAAUCCCGAUGUUCUGCUUCAGUAACUAGACCACACUGCCCUAAGGAAUACGCUGUCCAUCUGCCAACCCAUCAUGUCUUUCCUAAACCAGCAGAGCCUUGUUGAAUGGAAACCUGCUGAAAUAAUCGAAUAACACGAUUUUGCAGGAUGCCCGGCCCAGCCUGCUUCUGUCAUUUCAAUGUGUUGUGUAUGGAGUUGGGAAUAAAAAGACACUGUUUUUGCCUGUGGUUAUCUUUCCUUAGGGAGCAGGCCCAGCUAAAAGCAAAUGUGAUUGAGGAGGACACUGAGGAAUGGCAGAAAGAUUCCACCUUUGCAGGACUGGAGAGAGUGGGAGGGGUGGACCUGUCUUAUGUCAAAGGAAACGACGCAAUCGCCUGCGCUUCCCUGGUGGUUCUCAGCUUCCCAGAUCUUGAGGUGCUAUAUGAGGAUUGCCAGAUGGUAACCGUGAGUGCCCCCUACGUGGCAGGGUACUUAGCUUUUCGAGAGGCCCCUUUCCUGGUGGAAGCUGCUCAGAGACUUCAGGAGCGAGAGCCUGGGCUCAGGCCUCAGGUGCUGCUCGUAGAUGGGAAUGGCGUACUCCAUCACAGAGGGUUUGGUGUGGCCUGCCACCUGGGGGUGCUGACGGGCCUGCCCUGUAUUGGUGUGGCCAAAAACCUCCUGCAGGUCGAUGGCCUGGCCAAGGAUGAGCAGCACAAGGGGCAGAUCCGCGACCUGCAGAUGGGAGGAGACGUAUUCCCUCUGAGGGGCACCUCUGGGAGAGUCCUGGGCAUGGCCCUGCGCAGCUACAACAAGAGCACGAAGCCCAUCUAUGUCUCCGUGGGCCACAGGACGUGCCUGGAGUCGGCAGUGCGCCUGGUCCAGUCCUGCUGUAGGUACCGGAUCCCAGAGCCCAUCCGACAGGCUGACAUCAGAUCCAGAGAGUACAUCCGGAAGCACCUGUCCUCCCCACUGGGGGGCACGUCUCCUGGGCCAGGGAGGAAGGAAGAGGCUGAGCCCAAGCAUUGAUUUGUGAACUUGAGCCUUCCACCCCCUCUGGGAUCAGAGCUCCGAGAAGUCUCUCCAGGGCACCGUGACUGACCGUCCACGCCAGGAACUCAGGGUACUUCAUGGGGUGAAAAGCCAGGAGACGGCUUCCCCCUGGGCUCUGCUAAUGGGGCAGGAGCCCCAGUCUUUGAUGGUGUGUAAAUUCUAGAGAAUAUUUUAUAUUCCAAUGUUGAAAACACACGCUGUAAAAAUAAAUUCUCCCCAGCACUGGUACACUCCCAAAGCGGUGUUUGGGAGUCAAGGGAGGGA